AUGCCUGAGGCUCAGCAGUUGUCCGUGAUGAGGCUGCAGUAUGAUCUGAUGAAGAAAUGUGAAGACCAGAUAUUGAAGCAAAUUGAGGAGCUGCUUUGCCAGAAGAGUCAUCUUAUGGAGCGUCUAGCCAAGAUAAAGAAGGAAUCUAAAGAAGAAGAGGAAAGCUUCCUUCAAGAGAUCUCAAGGUUCAACAGUGACUUCAGUCUUCCAGGGAACAGAGGAACAGUGUUCGAGAGCCAAACACACACUGAGUUCCUGGACCUGGAGGGGGACGUGGAAUCAUUAUACAAAGAGAUGGAGCUGAUGAGCCAUGGGAACAGUCACAUGAUCACUCUGCAGGAGGAGAAGCGAGCGCUCCAGCUGGAGCUCCAGGGCCUGGAUGAUAACCGGAAAGACCUGGAUCAGCAGCUGAGUUUGGCUGAAGCAACGACAGAAUCUCUGAGAGCAGAGAGCCUGAUUGUCAGUCAGAAACCUCUCACCGACAGCACCUGUCUGAGACUCAGGCAGGAGCUGGAGAGGCAUAAAAACGGAGAGCUGGAGCUUCUGCGAGAGACGCUCAGCUCAGAAAUCCAGUUCCUUCAGACCAAGCUGGAGAGCAGCCAAAGAGCUGAGCAGCGUUAGAGCAUCGUUAACACCCAUUCACUCAUUGUCUCUUCGGUUAAAAGAACAUACAUAAGUAAG